AUAUCACUAAUUAUGGAUCAUUUAAAUGCAAUAAAAGUUAUUGAUAAAUAUCAAGGGGGAACAAUACGAUUUUUAACGGAUUUUAUUGGUGAAUGAUUAGUGUGCUGUACAUUACAGCGAGCGUGUGUGUAGUUUCUUUCUCACAUUUUAAUACUUCUGUAACCUUGGAGUAGAAAAAAAAAUCAACUAUUUAAACUAAUUUUUUUUCUGAGAGAAAAAAUUUGGACACCAUAAAGUGACAGCAGUCAACAAGUAGUGAUCAAGAUGCCAAGCUCAAACCUGUACGCCAUCAACCAUGAAGGCAGAAUUUUUUAUCUCUCCACUACUGGAACAAUGUGGAGAGAGUUUAUGUACGUGGGCCUUGAGUUCAAACAAAUGUCUGCUGCACCUCAUUUUAUGUGGGCCAUUGGGAGCGAUCGACAAGUUUAUGUACACGUGCAUGGCCUGGAUAUUCCAAUAAGGAUCAAAGAAGAAGCUUAUGAAAAUGAGCGUUGGUUACCUAUUGAAGGAUUUGGUGGAAAGUUACUGCCAACAGACAGAUAUCACUUUUCCAAUCAAGAUGGUACGGUCGAUCGUAGCCGUGACAAAGUUAAAUUACCAUCCAUGGCAUGGCAGUGGGAAGGUGACUGGUGUAUCGAAACAACCUUAGAUGGACAACCAUUAGAUCAUGAUGGCUGGACUUAUGCUGUGGACUUUCCUGCUACGUACACUCCAAAAAAACAAUGGAAAUCGUGUGUUAGAAGAAGGAAAUGGGUACGUUACCGUCGCUACAGCGCUAUGAAUUCUUGGUGCGCCAUUGCACCUCUCCACAAGGAUGCAACAAAAGAACCUUUUAUAGACGUUUCGAUUGGAGGUCAUCAAACACCAGGAGGCAAUCCAGGAGGACUUAUAGUUUGGGCAGUAACUGCUCACGGGAGGGUAAUGUUUAGAGUUGGUGUUAGUACAACAUCUCCUGAAGGAUUACGAUGGAGUGAGAUCAAAAUGAACUCAGGAGACGAAGCGGCUCAAGUCAGUGUUGGAGCAACAGGAUUAGUUUGGCUGACGUUAUUGAAUGGAAAAGCUGUUGUACGUACUGGAGUCACUAGGGAAAAUCUAAUGGGAGACGAAUGGAUUGAAGUGGAGCCACCACAACCCGAAUUGCGUCUUACUCAAAUUAGUGUUGGCUGUGAUGCUGUGUGGGCCGUAACACACGAGGGUAGUGUUUGGUUUAGAAAAGGAAUAAAAGGUGAAAUGGGAGGUGUGUGCGAACAGCUAGCUGUUGGAACUGGUUGGGUUGAAAUGUCCACUAAAAUGAUACUAGUUUCUGUAGCUCUAAACGACCAGGUUUGGGCUAUUGGACAUGAAGACAGGUGUUUGUAUUAUCGUACUGGUAUUACGCGAUCGGAAUUGACUGGUAAAAAAUGGAAAGCGAUUAACGCGCCUUUUCAGUUGAGUAGAGCGAGUAGCAAUGCCAGCCUAUCUAGCAACAGACAUAGUAUUUGUGGUACUCCUCGCCAACAGCGUCAUGCUUACGGUUCUCUGCAAAAUCAAAGGCCUUUGAGCACUAGUGAAGCUUUAAUCAGGGAAUGGGAAGAUCAAUCGAGAUCAGCCCCUGCACCCACUUCCUUGAAACUUUUUCAAAAACAUCACGAGCUACCUGAAAAUAGUAUUCAAAAGUCAAAUAAAUCAAUAACUAAUCAAAGCCAAAGUACAAGUUCUGCAGGAUCUUCCGAGCUCAAUGAUGUAAACGAUAGUGUAGCUAAUAUAACGAUAUCCAAUGAAACUUUAAAUAAGAGUGGAGAGUCCAUAAUUGUAUCUGGAAAGGGAAUGGGCAGCACAGUUAAGGUCAAUCCUGGGUCAUGGAGUCCAGUACACUCAGUCGGGUCGAUGGUUGGUGCCGAGGCCAAUCCAGAAACUGAUGGCAGUAUAUUUGACCCUGACUUGACUGGAGACACGGGUGUGUUUGGGGAAGACGAAAGUAAUUCUGCUGUUUAUUGGGCUGAAUGUGAUAUGCUUUGGUGCAGAGUUGACGCUGGUGCGUGUUUACUGGACCCAAAUAAUCCGCCAAAAUGGAUAUUAGAAACAAAUGGUUCGUCGCAAGGUGAAACAGCCGAACCAUGGAGAGUGCAUAUUUUGAGUGAAUUAAAAAGUAGAAUGAAAAAUGUUGAUUUUGAUUUCUCGCUGUGUGAAAAAGCCAUUGAAAAAUCCUCGUGGGUAAAAAAUGGCGAAGCCAAAUGUAAAUUAAAAGGUUCAGCUACUUUUGAAGAAUGUAUUGUAGAACUAGAAUGGAUAAGUAGCGAUACUGGUUCAUUGGAUUCUGGCACUGUGACAAUAUUAAAUCCUGAUGGGGCAACUGCUCUUGUUCAAUUUCCCAUAUCAGAGAUAGUUUGUGUGGUUUGCUGUAGCGAACCGGGCAGUCCACGUCUAGCCAUUUAUACUCCUAGAUUAAAUAAGUCGAAAAUUCUGAGAUUACAAUUUGGCAGUGAUGCAGAACUUGAAGAUUGGAUAGCACAUCUCACUUCUGUAUCUUGCCAAAUGAAUAAUGCAUUUGGGCCACCGAGUUCGAAUGCUAUUUGGGCUACAACUGCUUUGGGUGAUGUUUUCGUGUACGACCCAGUUCUUGCAGAGGAAAAUCAGUAUUUAGAAGGCUUGUACAGUCAAGAACUCGACGUGGCAGGAAAAAGUUUGCCCUUUGAAAGUAUUUUACACAAUGGUUUUGGACCUGGAAGCUCUUUACACGCGUCAGUGUGCAUUCAUAAUGAUGCAGACAGAAUAUCGUUUAAUUUUGUUUGCUUCUCGUGGACCACCAACAAAUACAACAAAAGCAUAGAGAGUAACGACGUUGCUUUUCACUUUAAUCCGCGUCUGAGUGAAAGUGUGAUCGUCAGAAACACGUAUCAGAACAAUCAGUGGGGUGACGAGGAGAGAGGUGGUGAAAGUCCGCUCAGAGCUGGCUCGGAUUUUUCUCUGAUAAUCAAUUGCGAAGAGCGGGGAUAUCGGAUUUUCAUUAAUAAUACCGAGUUCACGUUUUUCUGUCACAGAAUACCACCACACAAUGUAACUCAUUUGCGAAUCAAAGGAAAAAUGACGUUGUGCAGCGUAAUUUAUAAGUCAAAAUCUGUGAUUAUCGAGCCAAUAUCAAUGUUCUGGAGACAAAUGGGAGGACACUUGAAGAAAGUUGAAACUUGCAAUUCGGGAGUGACUUGGGGUAUCGCUUACGACAGCACACCUUGGGUUUAUACAGGCGGUUGGGGUGGCACUUUUUUAAAAGGCUUAGAUUUUAGUAAUACUGACGUCAAUCCGAUGAUAGAUACCCAUAAUUAUUACAUUUACGAAAAUCAGCGCUGGAAUCCAGUGACUGGCUACACAUCUCACGGCCUGCCAACGGACAGGUACAUGUGGAGCGAUGCUUCCGGACGGCAGAAGCGUACACGAGAAAAUACAAAAUUACUGUCUUGCCAUUGGCAAUGGGUGUCCGAGUGGAUACUGGACUUUCAUACUCCAGGAGGAGUCGAUCGCGAUGGUUGGCAAUACGCGACGGAUUUUCCAUCCCAAUAUCAUGGAAAGAAACAUUUCACGGAUUACGUAAGGCGAAGAAGAUGGUUUAGAAAAUGCCAGUUAACCACUUACGGGCCUUGGAAAGAACUAGGAAAUACCAAAUUAGUCGACGUGUCCUUAUUUACCUCUGAUGAUCCAGAUUCAGAUUCACCUAUUCACGUAUGGGCAGUUGCUACAAAUGGAGAGGCAUUAUUUCGACGUGGUGUUUCCAAAUUUUGCUUAACGGGUGUUUCGUGGGAACAUAUUCCCAGCGAUCAACCAUUGAUCAAUAUUUCAAUUGGUCCUAAUGGACAAGUUUGGGCUGUUGGCAAAAAUGGAUCGACUUACUGGAGGUUUGGGGUUACUCGUAGCAAACCAACAGGGGAAUCUUGGCAAAAUGUAGAGCCACCACAAGGAAUGCACAUAAAACAAAUUGCAGUUGGUUCAAACGCAGUGUGGGCCCUGGACAGUUUGGGAAAGUUAUCGGUUCGCCGCGAAAUUCAGCCAAACGUAUUUCCCGAAGGCACACAUUGGCAAACAAUAACUUCAAUGAUAAACGAUCCCAUUCAUAUCGACGUCUCUGUAGCAAAUGCCAAACAAGGAUUUAGGCAUGUUGCAGUUGGCCACAUUCCUGGACAAGUUUGGGCGGUGUCGGGAGCUGGACUGGUGUGUCGAAGGAUCGGUAUUACAGAUGACAAUCCAGCUGGUUCUGGCUGGGUCACAGGCAUAGGGGCCAAUUGGCAGUACAUAUCUGUUGGAGGACUCGUGAACAAAACAAGUUAAGUAUCUUGUAUGACUUCAAUGUAAGAAGUAUAGUUUAUCUCGGUACCAAAGUCAGCUCAUGCAGUACAGUUGCUGCGCACAAGGUUGAGAGUAUGAAUUAACAAUAAUUUAGAAUUUUAGAAUUUGUAAAUAAUAUUCUUACAAAUUUUCAAAGAAAUAUUUAAUCUUUUCCUACGAUCUUAUGUAACGGUGAAUUUCAUUUAAUAAGUAA